CUGACAUUUCUUUGCGCUUUGGCCAGGCUAGCAGGCUAUGCACACUACGUUCUCCCAGUGUAAGCGAUGGCGGCGGCCCGAUUCAAAGCCUGACAGGCAGCUGUGGGUCCUUGUUUUCUGACAUCGCCUGUUUAUAAGGGCAGAAAGCUUUUGGUAGACUAACUUGCAAGUUCCUCACCACGCUAUCAAACUUGUUACCUUUACCACCUUGCUUCCUCACCCCGCAAUUAAUGUCUGCCCAAUCUCCCUACGAGUUCAUCUACAAUGCCGGCACAAUCCUCCAAAGCUGCGAACAGAUGUUAAUCAACUUCCGCACACAGUCCGGAGAGCUGGCUGCGCUGAGCCUUCGGGAGCGUUAUCAAAGAGCUGUUACGAACCAGGACAAGCUUAUUCGGCACCCACCGCGUGACCCCGUGCUCGCCGAGAACCAUUUCAGGCUGGCUCGUGGCCUCCAACGCGAAAUACAGUCUCAACAGCAAAGAGCUUGUGGUCAACAUUUCCAGCGUAUUUGA